CUGAUGCGAAUCGUCGAUUGGGUCGCGUCUCAGCCAAUGAGGCAGCGCAACGGAAGGAGCUUGGCGGAAGGAGCCUUUGCUUGAUACAUCGCCAAUCGCCAUGAGCAGCUUCGCGGGCAGGAUGCGGGAAUACCCAAAUCUCUCCAUAGACCGAUUCGACCGGGAUAAUCUGAGAGCUCGGGCUUACUUCCUGUCCCACUGCCACAAAGAUCACAUGAUAGGACUGAGAGCUCCCUCUCUGAAAAGAAGAUUGGCAUGCAGCUUGAAGGUUUGCCUGUACUGUUCACCUGUGACAAAAGAGUUGCUACUGACUAGUCCAAAAUAUAAGUUUUGGGAAAAUCACAUUGUUUCCCUUGAAGUUGAAACUCCAACUCAGAUUUCUCUGGUUGAGGAAACAUCUGGUGAGAAAGAAGAUAUAGUUGUAACACUUCUGCCAGCUGGCCAUUGCCCAGGAUCAGUCAUGUUUCUGUUCCAAGGUGAAAAUGGCACUGUGUUGUAUACUGGCGAUUUCAGGCUUGCAAAAGGAGAGGUGGCCAGAAUGGAACUUUUGCAUUCAGGGAGCAGAGUGAAAGACAUCCAGAGUGUAUAUUUAGAUACCACUUUCUGUGAUCCCAAAUUUUAUCAGAUACCAAGCAGGGAAGAAUGUAUGAAGGGUAUAUUAGAGUUAGUACGAAGCUGGAUCACUCUAAGUCCUUAUCAUGUGGUAUGGCUGAACUGCAAAGCAGCUUAUGGAUAUGAGUAUUUAUUCACAAAUCUCAGUGAGGAGCUUGGAAUGAAGGUGCACGUGAACAAAUUGGACAUGUUUAAAAACAUGCCAGAAAUCCUCUACCACGUCACUUCAAAUCGGCACACUCAGAUUCAUGCAUGUCGCCAUCCAAGGGAUGAUGAACUUUUCCGAGGGAAGAGGUUGCCCUGUGGAAUGACUUCCCAGAAUGGAAAGCAGUUGCACAUAAUUAGCGUCAAGCCAUCCACAAUGUGGUUUGGAGAAAGGACAAGGAAAACCAACGUAAUAGUGAGGACAGGGGAGAGUUCAUACAGAGCUUGCUUCUCAUUUCACUCUUCUUACAGUGAGAUUCAGGAUUUCUUAAGUUAUAUUAGUCCAGUGAAUGUAUAUCCCAAUGUAAUUCCAGUGGGCGCAACAGAAGACAGAGUUAUGGGAAUCUUAAAGCCAUUAUGCAGAUUGUACAGCAAAAACAACAAGCCACAGUAUAUGCCACUUGGAGCCCUGAAGAGAGCUAAAGUCAUGGACAUAACAGACACUGGUGGUGGUGGUGAUAAUCUCUUUGAUUCAGAAUUGAUUUCUAUACGACGGAAGAUUCCAAGAGAGAUCACACCAUCUGAGAACAAAUCUUUUCCUGAAGUCCAUCAAGAAAACAAUAACAAAAUAACAAGCUAUAAGGCAACUUCCAUGCCUACCUCUUUGAAGGUAGACUUCAUAGAGUGUGAGGAAUCCAAUGGUGAAGAUGAGGAGGAAGAGGAGGAACCAGAGGAAGAGGUGGUUCUAGAGGAAGUUAUCUCCCAUAGUGCAGACUCCACUGCUGUGUUGCAGAAUCCAGAAGGAUCAAUCCACUCUGAGCCCACUUGCAAGCAAAAUAGGAAUCAGCAGCAGUCUAAUCCAGAUAUGCCAAUAUGGGAUACUUUUUUUAAGCGUCCUAUGGAAGAUACAGAUGCUUCUGAACAGGACAGCUGUCCAGCCCCCACAGAUUCCGCAGAGCCUCAGUCUCCAAACCUUUACAGUGAUGAUGAAGAUUUUAGUGAUUCUACUCAUAUUUCCUCUCCUAACUCUUCUCAGUCAACACACAUAUCUGAGCAAGGUAGUCAGGGCUGGGACAGCCAGAUCGACACUGUGCUCAUCUCUUCACAAGAACGCAGGAAUCUUGAUUUUAGCCCUUUGAAGAGGGGAACAGACAGAGCAGUGUUUUAUGCUUGUCUCCCUGCUGGGGGAAACAAAACUGACAUGCAGUGUUGCAAGCCUUUGGACUGCAGUGCAUCUUGUACAAAUCCUAAAUUUGAGUGCAAAGCCCAAGCAGCAGGAGCAGCAGUAGGUACUCCAGCACACAGUGUGCAAGCUGAUACAACCAAUGAGAAGUGCCAAUUGGAAGAGCAGUCUGGGACAUCCAAUCCUGAAAUCCAGGUGGACUCGCAGAGCAGUUCCGACUCUGAAAUCUCUUCAACCCCUGAGGUGGAGACCCCUAAACCAGAGCAGCUGUGUAGUUUGUACAAGAAGCUGGCAGCAGGGGAAAAGAUAUACUGAUUGGGACAUCAACUUUUGCUUCUGUUGUUAGUGGACACUAGUCUUCUUGAACCAUGCAUCCAGGUUAUUGACUUAAGUUCAGUUAGUGACUUGGGAACAUCUUAUUAACUUUUGCUUAUUGUGUCUUCCGUUUUGUAUAUAAUGUCAAUCUCUUACUGCCAUGAUUCUACAUUCUCAACCUUAGAUUGCAAUUGUAUCUUGUUGAACUGGGUGUUUUGCUAUUUUUGUCUCUAAUGAAGGAUUAUAAAUAUUAUUUUUAUGAA